GUUUAAAAGUAAACGCCUUCCUCCGCACGUUUUCCCUUCUAUUUCCCCGACGCGAGCCCAGCUCCGGCUGCCUAGAACCUGCGAGUCUUGCUACGCUCCUUCUCCAGCAGCCUCAUCGAAGGACGAGAGCAUCCUUCCGCGGCGAGGCUUUUUUUUUCAACCUGCGUGCUCACGCUCUACAGAUAUCUUUUCGAUUCUCCCCUUUUUUUCGUCGAAGAGAGGCGGUGGGUCGACGAUAUGGAGAACAGAAACUACGACAUUCCUGAGAAUGCAAACGAGCAUUGUCCUGGCCCGCAAUCCGAGGAGGCAGGGAAGGCUGAUUCCUGUGCUGGAUGCCCUAAUCAACAAAUUUGUGCCACUGCCCCCAAAGGCCCCGAUCCUGACUUGGUGACUAUAGCAGAAAGAAUGGCAACAAUUAAGCACAAGAUACUCAUCCUGUCUGGAAAGGGUGGUGUUGGAAAGAGUACAUUCUCAGCGCAACUCUCGUUUGCCUUGGCUGAGCUGGAGAACCAGGUUGGCCUUCUUGACAUAGAUAUAUGCGGACCCAGCAUCCCAAAGAUGAUGGGUCUUGAAGGGCAUGACAUCCAUCAGAGCAACCUUGGCUGGUCCCCUGUCUACGUUGAGUCGAAUCUUGGUAUCAUGUCCAUUGGAUUCAUGCUCCCACACCCCGAUGAAGCUGUUAUAUGGAGGGGCCCUAGAAAAAAUGGACUCAUCAAACAGUUUGUGAAGGAUGUGAAUUGGGGGGAGCUGGACUAUCUCGUUGUGGAUGCUCCUCCUGGAACAUCUGAUGAGCACAUCUCUAUCGUACAGUUUUUGCAAGCCACAGGCAUAGACGGUGCCAUCAUCGUGACCACCCCACAGCAGGUGUCCUUGAUCGACGUGCGCAAGGAAAUUAGCUUUUGCAAGAAGGUAGGCAUCCGGGUUCUUGGGGUGGUCGAGAACAUGAGUGGCUUGAGACAGCCAAUCUCAGACAUGAGGUUCCUAAAGUCGAAUGAGACGGGAGAUGAGGAUGAUGUGACUGAAUGGGCAUUAAGCUACAUCAGAUCGAAUGCACCAGAGCUUCUUUCUGUGAUUUCAUGCAGUGAGGUGUUCGAUGCCACAGGUGGUGGGGCUGCAAAGAUGUGCAUGGAAAUGGGAGUUCCAUUUCUGGGAAAGGUGCCGAUGGAUCCUCAGCUUUGCAGGGCGGCAGAGGAAGGGCGUUCCUGUUUUACUGAUCAGAAAUGCACUGUUAGUGCUCCAGCAUUAAAGAAGAUAAUCCAAAAUCUCGUUUCUUCCUUUGAAUAAGUUCCAAGGACUGGCAUCUUCACGUGAAGUUAUAUGAUAACUACAGUGCUAUUCUGUUGUAGAUUUUUCGAUUAUAAUGUCGUUUAAAAUAGUUUCAUCAUAGUUUUUCCUUCUAGUGUGGCUUGUGUUGAUUUUCAGGAAAAGAAUAAGUUGAGACUUGAUCAUUUGUUUCUCAAGUAGAUAUCAAAUUCUGAAAUUUUGUGCAA